CAAUGCACUGACUUCAAAGUAAGCUUAUAAAAAGACCAGAACCAGUGGAAUGGUUCAAACGCACGUCUCUUAGUUGUAUUUCUCGUCAUUUUUUCAUUUAUUUUUUCCAGAUAUCUCAUUAAAAAAAGUUAAUAUAUGAUGAGUUGCUGACUUAUGUAUUAAAGCUGACAAUCUCCGAUAAAGGUAAACGGAUUGAUUAGGCGACAGAAAAAGAUAAAAGUCAUUAUCAUCCUCAAAAUGACACUAAAAUACCCCAGAUGACGAAGAGUCACCUGUGACAUGGUGGUUGGGACAGCCUGAGCCUAAAGCAUAAAAAAGAUUACGUCACAAUUUAUGUCUGGCACGACUUUAGUCACGCGGAUAAGGGCGCCUGUAUCGAUGACGUGGCUUCUCCCUUGCGUGUGCCACGUCGGUCCAUCGCCACUUAUGUCAGCACUACUCAGGAACGGUAUGCCUCCCUAGUCGAGACUCAAGACACGAAAAACCGCAUCGGCGGAGCGAUCGAUCGAUCGAGCUUCUAUAUAAGCCCCGAACGCCCCUUCCACCUCGCAUUCGUCUCUCUUACGCGCUCAGAGAUCCUUGGAUGGUGAAUGAGCUCCUCCCCUCGUACCGGGACGCGGCGCAACCAGUGGCGUCGCGCGUGCGGGACCUACUCUCACGCAUGACAUUCAGGGAGAAGGCCGCCUCGAUGGCCCAGAUCGAGCGCAGCGUUGCCUCCCCCUCCGCCCUCUCCGGCCUGUCCGUCGAGAGCGUCCUCAGCGGCUCCGGGGAUCGCGCCUCCCCCAGCGAUUGGGCCGACAUGAUCGAUCGGAUGCAGCACUGGGCUCUGGCCUCCCGCCUCGGCAUCCCCAUCCUCUACGCCUCCGAUUCCGUCCACGGCCACAACAACCUCUACGGCGCCACCAUCUUUCCCCACAACGUCGCCCUCGGCGCCAUUAGGAACAUCGACUACUAGCACGUGAAGCAAUCAGAAGGUCCUUAGUUUUGUUAAAGAAUGGAAAGGAUCUGAAGAAACCAAUGCUUCCUCUAGAUAAAUAUGGCAGAAGAAUCCUUGUUGCUGGCAGACAUGCUGAUGAUAUUGGGUGCCAGUGUCGUGGAUGGACUGUAUCGUGGCAAGGAAGCAGUGGAAAAACAACGAUCAGUAGGCACGACUAUGUUGGAAGGAAUCAGAGAUGCAGCAGGAAAUGAAACAGAAGAUAUAUGCGAUACAUCCCCUUCUGAAGCCACUUUAUGUGACCAGGAAUUCUCAUACGCAGUAGUUGCCAUCGGGGAGGAUGCCCAU